AUGGGUUCUGUCGAUACUUUUCAGCGCAAGCACAAGAUUACGGUGGUGGGCUCCGGUAACUGGGGCUGCGCCAUCGCCAAGAUUGUUGCCGAAAAUGCGGCCAGCAAUCCUGAUCUUUUCGAGGAGAAUGUAGAGAUGUGGGUUUUUGAGGAGAAUGUCGAAAUCCCGGAGACUUCGAAGAACUACAAUGCCUCGAACGCUGGCCCUCAGAAAUUGACUGAGGUGAUUAACAAUACCCACGAGAACGUCAAGUACCUCCCAGGAAUCCAAUUGCCCGCCAACCUGCACGCCAACCCAUCCCUGGAGGAUGCGGUGAAGGACAGCACACUCCUCAUCUUCAACCUGCCUCAUCAGUUCAUCAUCAAGACUUGCGAACAACUAAAGGGGAAGAUCCUACCCUACGCCCGUGGUAUCUCAUGCAUUAAGGGUGUGGAUGUCAACAGCACCGGUAUCCACCUCUUCUCUGAGACCAUUGGCAGGAUCCUUGGCAUCUACUGCGGUGCUCUAUCCGGUGCCAACAUUGCCAAUGAGGUUGCUCAAGAAAAGUGGUCUGAGACCAGCGUUGCCUACGACCCACCACACCUGGACUCCAAGGCCACCACUCCUCAACGGUCGCCCUCCUCUUCCACAACCGACUUGGUCGAGUUCCAGCACAAAGAUACCUCGGGUCAAGUGUCGGAGGUUAAGCUGCAGGCCCUGCCUUCGGCCUAUCCUCCUGUCGACCAUGCUGUGCUAAAAUCCCUCUUUCAUCGUCCGUACUUCCACGUGCGUGUUGUCAAUGAUGUUGCCGGUGUGUCUAUCAGCGGCGCUCUCAAGAACAUCGUCGCUGUGGCCGCCGGCUGGGUCGUUGGCAUGGGAUGGGGUGAUAAUGCCAAGGCUGCCAUAAUGCGUGUUGGUCUGAUGGAGAUGGUCAAGUUUGGUGAUACUUUCUUCAGCGCUACGAUCGACAACCGCACCUUCACCGAUGAGAGUGCCGGUGUUGCAGAUCUGAUCACUAGUUGUAGUAGCGGCCGCAACUUCCGAUGUGCCAUGUACAGCGUCCAGCGUAAUUUGCCCAUCGAAGAGAUCGAGAGGGCGGAGCUCAAUGGUCAGAAGUUGCAAGGUACCCUAACGGCUGUGGAAGUCAACAGCUUCCUGAAGAAUCAGGGCAUGGAGGAUGAGUUCCCUCUGUUUACUGCUGUUUUCCGUGUCUUACAAGGGACCAUGAACGUGGAGGAUAUUCCUUCGUACAUCGAGCGGUAA